UCAAGCUCGCGGCCCUGGUCGUCAGGUGCGGCUGCGAAGAAUCGGCCACCCCCGACCACGGCUCGUAACCUCACGGCCCCGCAACAGCAAUUUACUGAAUUCCGAUGACGAACCACAUGAACUUGAUGUUCGCCUUCACGUUCAUUGCUAUCGGCGGCCUGUUGUUCGGCUACAUGAUCGGCAUCAACAGUAACGUCCUCACCAAAGGACAGCUCCUCUGUGCCGACGACUACGUGGGCGCGGUGGGCACGUGGACCUCGUGGGGCUAUGGCCAGUGCUGGAGUCUGAGCACUGUGACCAUCGGCCUACUCAGCUCCAUUGGCCUCAUCGGAGCGAUGUUCUCCACGCUGAUCUGCUUCCGCUACUCGGACGACAUCGGCAGGAAGCUCGAGGCUCAGAUCGGUGCGCUGCUGUACAUCGUGGGGUCGUUCGUGGCCGCGUUGUCCCCGAUGCUGUGGGGGGUGGUCCUCGGCCUGUUCGUGUACGGUCUUGCCAUCGGCUUCGCGAUGCAUGUCGCCCCGCUGUACAUCGCGGAAAUCUCGCCCGCGGACGUGCGCGGCGCCCUCGUGUCGGCGAAGGAGGCCAUCAUCGUGUUCGGAAUGUUUCUGGGCUUCUUUACCGGCUGGGUCUUCUCACUCCUCAGUUCCGACGGUUGGCGCUUGAUGAUCCUCGUGGGCGGAUUCCUGGCCGCCGCCAUGUUCUGCGGGGUGGCCUACGUACCGCAGUCCCCGAGGUAUCUAGUGCUCCUUGCUGCCAGGAGCGGCAACGCGGCUAGCGAGGAGGAGGAGGCACUGGCGGCCCUUACGUUCUUCCGUGGCGGGGCUUCAGACGAAGCGAAGGAAGAGUUGCGGGGAUUGCGUUCGGACGUGCAGGUGUCUCUGCGAAGCGACAGGGAGAUAGACGGCUUGCUGCAGAAGCAUGGCGCGCAGGAGACGGGCGCCUUCGCUGCUUUCGCUAACCCCAGGCCGCUCAUAGUGGGAUGCGGGAUCGUAACCCUGCAGCAGAUCACCGGCCAGCCCUCUGUCCUGUACUACGCCACCAACGUCUUCAAGAGCGCGGGCUUCGGCGACUCCUCGUCGCAGGAGUCUGUGCUCCUUGGGUUGGUCAAGCUGGUCGCGACGCUGUUCACUGUCUGGCGCGUCGACCACUACGGCCGGCGUCCGCUGCUGCUGAUCGGCAUUUCGAUGAUGACCGUGGCGCUCGCAGUGUGCGCGGCGGGCUUCAGCACGAGCUACUGCACCACGCCUGGGUUGUCGACGGCCGAAUGCUCCACGGGCGACCUGGAGAUGCCGCGGGCCUGGGCGAUCGUCACGGUCGCAGGCCUGAUGGUCUACGUGAGCGGGUACCAGGUGGGUUUUGGGCCCAUCGCGUGGCUGCUCAUCUCGGAGAUCUUUCCGCUGAGCGUGCGUGGUUCUGCCCUCUCCGUCGCCGCCAUGACGAACUUUGGUUUCAACGUCGCGGUGACCUUCAGCACGGCGUCGCUGAUGGAAUCGUUUGGAACGACGGGUCUGUUCUCUAUAUUCUUAUGCCUAUCUUUGGUAAGCCUCGUCUUCGUGUUGCACCUCGUCCCAGAGACCAAGGGGAAGACACUUGAAGAGAUCGAAGCUAUGAUGAAAGCAUGAUCGCGAGCUGGCUCGACACGGUGGUGAUUUCACGUACCACCACACUGCAAGCCCCACGUAGAGCUCGAGCCAGCCGAUUAAAAAGUCGGCAUGCGGCUAAGGAUGCGAGCACGCGUGGUUUUGAACCCAGUCGCGCAAGUGAUUGGUCGUAUCAGCACCAUCAUCGUGAUCAUAGUCACUAUCGUCCUGUCCCAGACAGAGCUUUGAAUCAUGGCUGAUUCGACUUGGGAGGUGAACAUCGGAAUCUGCCUGGUGCACUUUCCCCGCAGCAGCC